AUGUCUAAGCUAAGCGAGAAUCUGAGGAUAUUUCUUAGAGAACUUGAUCAAUUUGGAGUGGUGUUCAAACCAAGUAUAACAUCAGAUAGUGAGUAUAAAACAGUCUUAGGUGGAAUAUUGUCUAUUCUACUUUAUGGAGUUAGUUUGGGAUAUUUCAUCUACUAAUUUGUAAUUUGGAAGGAGGGCGGGAUGCUGCCGAAAAUCACAGUGUCAAGUGAAGUAAUACAGAACUAGCAAAUUUAUUUUGAAGAGCCUCUAUUUUCAAUUAAAAUGAGAAAGAUGAAUGACACCUAGAUAGAUCCAUUUAAUCCUGAGAGUAUCGUUAUUCUUCCAUUAAUAUUCUAAUAUGUGAAUGGAUAAUUAAGUACUACUCCCGGUAUUCCCAUUCUAAAUAAGACAAAUGAUGAUAAUGAGUUCGUGACUAUCUACUUCGAGAACAUCACAUUAGCCUUAAGUGAAGACAAAACAAUCGAGUCUCCAGAAUUGGAGUAUAUGAUAUUAUUGAUUGAUUGUGUUCCUCAGCUGUUGGCGAAUAGCACAGAAAUGAAAUGUGCCAAUGCAACUACCAGAAAGACCUUUUUCAAUUAAUCAGUUAAUACACUUUUAUUCACCACUUAUGUCAAAUAGUUUAAUGCUCAGCAAGAGAAGAUCAACACAUUUGGAAAUGAAGUAAUUGUUGCCUUGGAUCCAACUUCUGUAUAUUUUUCAACGAGCACUUUGAAAUUGCAAGAGACUACCAUAGACAAUGGAGUGCUCUUCGAGAGUACUUAUUAGAGAGACUUCAUCCUGGAUAUAUCAACAGCAGGUUAAUAAGUCAAUAGCAAGUUUUUUGCAAGUGUGAUUAACUCUACUACCUACUUCAUCAACAAUUAUUAAUUGAACGGGAUAAAGUCAGUUUAGUACAUUCAAUACCCAAAAAUAAAUGAGGUGUUGGCUGAUACAGGAUCGAUAGUUUCUCUGCUUCUAUUGACUUCAGCCUUUGUCAUUAUGACCAAUCAAUAUUUCUUGGAAAGUGAGGCCAUUUCCUAGGUAAUCAACAUGUUCUAUCCGAAUCUUAAAUAUUUAAAGUAUAGUAAGAAUUGGUAUGGCAAAGUUGUCAGAGUUUAAUUGUUAGGUCGGAAUUUGAACAUCGAUAAAUUUAACUCUCAAUAUGGCAGGCUGAAAGAAGUAGCUCAAACGAAAUUGACAAUUACCAAUUAAAUCUAUGAGAUUUCAAGGAUAUAGUUCAUUUUGUAAUCCAUGAUAGAAAGAUCCAAUUUUAAUUUCUCCCAUAGGAUUGGAAUCAAGGAAACCAAUUUCAUUGAGGUCACUAAGGAGGAGAGUGAAAAUGAUAACCAAGAAGGGGAGAUCUUUAAGGAUUCAAAAGUGAUUCCAUCCAAUGAUAGUAAACUCGAAAUCUCAUAACAAUAACAUUAAUAGAGGCAGCAAACUAUUUACCCAGAUCACUCUAGCAAUACCAUUCUGCCAAAUGAAAUUUAAAAAGUCGAGAUAUUUUAAUAGUUCAAAUCUGAAAAUCAGAAUUUGAAUGAUAAAUUGUUUAAUUCAAAGGAGCUCAAUGAUUUAGAUUUUGAGUUGCUAAUUUGUAAGAAAGAUAAAACUGAUGCUUAAUAAAUGCCUUAGUUUUUUGAAAUCAAUAAAGUCACAUGA